AGGGAAGCUCACCAGCGCGAGGUGUCAGUGUGAAGUCCUGUGCUUUUCCCGUGUUUGUGUUUCAACACCUGUUGGACAGUUAUGGUGGAGCACCUGGUCGAUUCCGAGCUGAAUGCGCGGCGGAUACAGACAGUUGAGAGCUGCUUCGGAAGCUCGGGGCAGUCGCUGGGCAUUCGAGGGAGAAUUCUGGUCGGUGAAGGAAUUUUGACCAAGGUUUGCCGCAAGAAAGCUAAGCCGAGGCAGUUCUUCCUCUUCAACGAUAUUCUAGUUUAUGGAGAUAUUCUCAUUCCAAAAAAGAAGUACAUUCGCCAACACAUUAUACCGCUCGAAGAAGUCAAACUCGAGAACCAACCCGAUGAUGCCAGUUUCCAAAACCGGUGGCUGAUCUGCACGGCCUCGAAAUCAUUCGCCGUUAGCGCAGCGACGUUAGAGGAAAAGGAGGAAUGGAUGCGACACAUACGCAAUUGUAUCGCAGAGCUUUUGAAGAAAAGUGGCAAGAAACCGCCUGAGCAACAUGCAGCUCCUUGGGUACCAGAUUCCGAUGCGCCGUGUUGCAUGCUUUGCAAGAAAAGUCAAUUUACGGUUAUCAAUCGAAGCUUAGAAUUCUUUUCCGAUGACCCGGGUUCACAUAAGCGCGUUCUCACGUUGUACAACCCAUACGAGUUCACUGUCAAGUUCAAAGUGUUGUGUACUGCGCCGGACAAGUACUCAGUUUUGGAUGCCGAAGGUGUCAUCAAGGCGAAAUGUUGUGUUGAUAUUGUGAUACGACACAGAGCCGUGUGUCACGCAAAUCUUAACAAAGCGGAUCGUUUCCGGAUUUUUGUGCACGAGCAUGGGAACAGACACAAUUUUGGAAAGAAAGAAAUAAGUGCGACCCUUCAAGCCGGAGAUUCCCAAGAUGACUCGGUUAGUUCUGCACAGUAUAAGCAGCUUGAAGGAGGAAAGCAAGCUGCUGGUGGAGGUGGACGUCCCGUUCCGCAGCUGAGCAAUCCUGGUUCUUCUCGAGGUGGGAAACAAGAAGGAGUUCAAGAGGAAAAGUACAAUGUACUUGCGAUUUUAGUCGCUGUCGUUUGCGUAGUGUCCUUGUUACUACCGACAGUGCCUGACGAAUCAUGCGUUAACUCGGAAGAGCGGCGGAGUUUCAUAAUCCCGGAUUACCUUCAUCUGUCCGUCGUGCAAAAACUCAUUUUUGCAUACACGCUGGAUAUUGAGGCGCAGAUCAAGGACAUCCAGUCGAAGAAGAAAACUCUCCGCGAUGAGAACGGAGUCGACGAACGGGUAGCUCUCGGCGAAGCUGGAUAUUUCGACAGCGAAAUUUACGAUGCAGGUCGUGGGCGCUACGAGGGCUACGUUACGUCAAUUGCUGCUAAUGAGGAUCAGGACGAUGAUGACGUGGAUGCAGGUGCUGUCACGCAAGCCCAGCGUCCGGGGUAUACAGCGCCGGCAUCCAUUCUCAACGACAUUCCACAGGCGGACAAGGACUACGAUCCAUUUGCAGCCCACAAACGACCAACGAUUGCGUCGCGCGAAGACGAAUAUCGCGAUGAUGACGUGGAUGCAGGUGCUGUCACGCAAGCCCAGCGUCCGGGGUAUACAGCGCCGGCAUCCAUUCUCAACGACAUUCCACAGGCGGACAAGGACUACGAUCCAUUUGCAGCCCACAAACGACCAACGAUUGCGUCGCGCGAAGACGAAUAUCGCGUUCGACGCCUUCAGCAGGUUAUCUCCCCUGAACGAGUCGACCCCUUUGCCGACGGUGGGAAAACGCCGGACGUGAAUUCUCGCACUUACGCACAUAUUUUGCGCGAGCAGCAACUCAAGCACGAAGAGCAUGAGCUGCGGCGGAAAAUCCAAGAUAAGGCUAAGGAUGGCACAUUGCAUGUUGCUGAUGAAAAUGUUGAGAUUUCUCAAGUUCGUACUGCGCCUAAGCGAAAAGGCCGAUGGGAUCAAACAUCAGCCGCCGAAGAAGCAGCAGCUGCGAAAGCCAAGAAAGCGAAUUGGGAAUCCGAAACGCCAGCCCACGACCAUUGGGGCGCCACGCCCGGCCACAAAGGCAGCGAAACGCCGGGCGCCACUCCAUCGGCGUCCACCCGCAUGUGGGACGCCACGCCGGGUCACGCAACACCCGGACACGACAAAACCUCAGCCUCUGCACGACGUAAUCGCUGGGACGAGACCCCGAAAACCGACCGCGGGGAAACCCCGGGUCACGGCAGCGGAUGGGCCGAAACCCCGGGCACGGAUCGUCACGGGCCCGCCGACCUUAUUCAGGAGACACCAACUCCGUCUGCGAGCAAGCGACGAUCUCGGUGGGACGAAACUCCGUCGGCAGCGACGCCGAGCGGGAUGGGCACUCCGUCGACGCCCAUGACCCCGGCGACGCCAUCGAUGAUGACACCGAGCGGCGUGACGCCGACUGGGCCAAAAGCCAUGGCCAUGGCGACUCCGGGGCCGAAUCAGUUGAUGGCUAUGACGCCGGAACAACUUCAAGCCUGGCGAUGGGAGAAGGAGAUUGACGAGAGGAAUCGUCCGUUGACGGAUGACGAUCUGGAAGCUAUGUUCCCGCCGGGAUACAAGGUGUUGCCGCCGCCUGCGGGCUACGUGCCGAUCCGGACGCCGGCGAGGAAGUUGACUGCGACGCCAACACCCAUGACGGGCCAGAGUGGUUUCUUCAUGCAGACCGAGGACAAGACAAAAAAUGCAUUCGUGGACUUGCAGCCGAAAUCAGGAAACUUGCCUUUGCUGAAGCCUGAAGACGCGCAGUAUUUUGAUAAGCUUCUGGUGGACAUUGACGAGGACUCGUUGCCUCCGCAAGAACAGCUUGAAAGGAAAAUUUUGAAGCUGUUGCUGAAGAUCAAAAACGGAACUCCUCCCAUGCGGAAAGCCGCUCUUAGACAGAUAACGGACAAAGCGAGGGAAUUCGGAGCCGGUGCACUUUUUAAUCAAAUCCUUCCGUUGUUGAUGUCACCGACGCUGGAGGACCAAGAGCGACACUUGCUGGUCAAAGUGAUUGACCGGAUUUUAUACAAGUUGGACGAUCUUGUUCGUCCGUACGUACACAAGAUUCUUGUAGUGAUCGAACCAUUGUUGAUCGACGAAGAUUACUAUGCCCGAGUGGAAGGACGAGAAAUUAUUUCCAAUCUCGCGAAAGCCGCCGGUUUGGCCACUAUGAUUUCUACAAUGAGGCCGGACAUUGACAACAUUGACGAAUACGUUCGAAACACGACUGCUAGGGCAUUCGCCGUCGUCGCUUCAGCUUUGGGAAUCCCGUCGUUGUUGCCGUUUCUGAAGGCCGUUUGCAAGAGCAAGAAGUCUUGGCAGGCCAGACACACGGGCAUUAAAAUCUGUCAGCAGAUUGCUAUCCUCAUGGGCUGCGCCAUUUUGCCGCAUCUCAAGUCAUUGGUGGAAAUCAUUGAGCAUGGUCUCGUUGACGAGCAGCAAAAAGUCAGAACCAUCACUGCAUUGGCCUUGGCCGCGUUAGCUGAAGCCUCGACUCCGUACGGUAUCGAAAGCUUUGACUCCGUGCUGAAACCGUUGUGGAAGGGCAUUCCCAUCGGUUACCUUAUUCCGUUGAUGGACGCCGAGUACGCGAAUUACUACACACGUGAAGUCAUGAUCAUCUUGAUCCGAGAAUUCCAGUCCCCCGACGAGGAAAUGAAGAAGAUCGUCUUGAAAGUCGUGAAGCAGUGUUGCGCCACAGACGGUGUGGAGCCGCAGUUCAUUAAAGACGAAAUCUUGCCGCCAUUCUUCAAGCACUUUUGGAAUCAGCGCAUGGCAUUGGACAGACGUAAUUACCGUCAACUCGUUGACACGACUGUUGAGAUCGCCAACAAAGUCGGGGCCUGUGAGAUCGUGACCAGAAUUGUGGACGACUUGAAGGACGAGAACGAGCAGUACAGAAAGAUGGUGAUGGAGACGCUGGAAAAGGUGUUGACCAACCUGGGAGCUGCGGAUAUCGACAGUCGGCUGGAGGAACAGCUGAUUGAUGGGAUUUUGUACGCUUUCCAAGAACAAACGACCGAGGACGUGGUCAUGCUGAAUGGUUUCGGCGCCAUCGUAAACGCACUCGGCAAGAGAGUCAAACCUUUCUUGCCGCAAAUUUGCGGAACGAUUUUGUGGCGAUUGAACAACAAAUCCGCCAAAGUUCGCCAGCAGGCGGCCGAUUUGAUCACGCGUAUUGCCGUAGUUAUGAAGACGUGUCAAGAGGAAAAGCUGAUGGGCUACCUUGGCGUGGUGUUGUACGAGUACCUUGGAGAAGAGUAUCCCGAAGUGUUGGGAUCUAUUCUCGCCGCGCUGAAGGCGAUUGUAAAUGUCAUCGGCAUGCACAAGAUGACCCCACCGAUCAAGGAUUUGUUGCCACGUUUGACCCCGAUUUUGAAAAACAGACACGAAAAGGUACAAGAGAACUGCAUUGACUUGGUCGGCAGGAUAGCUGAUAGAGGAGCCGAGUUUGUAUCGGCGAGAGAAUGGAUGAGGAUUUGUUUCGAGUUGCUUGAGUUGCUGAAAGCUCACAAGAAGGCUAUUCGCCGAGCUGCAGUCAAUACUUUUGGUUAUAUUGCCAAAGCCAUUGGGGUUGAGUUAGUUGCCAAGUGGAAACCUGGAGAGGCAAAACCGUGUUUGCACGACCGUGGCUAUUGCUAUCGUCUCGGAAACAUGCUCGCCGUUCACGGUGUUGCCGGGUUUGAUGAACNGGUUUCUAGUCCACACGACGUGUUGGCUACUUUGCUGAACAAUUUGCGAGUGCAGGAGAGGCAAAACCGUGUUUGCACGACCGUGGCUAUUGCUAUCGUCUCGGAAACAUGCUCGCCGUUCACGGUGUUGCCGGGUUUGAUGAACGAAUACCGCGUACCCGAAUUGAACGUACAGAACGGAGUGUUGAAGUCGCUCUCGUUCAUGUUCGAGUAUAUUGGUGAAAUGGGCAAGGAUUACAUCUACGCGGUUUCUCCGCUUUUGGAAGACGCCUUGAUGGACAGAGAUUUGGUGCACAGACAAACUGCGAUUGCAGCCAUCAAACACAUGGCCCUCGGAGUUCACGGCUUCGGUUGCGAAGAUGCACUGACUCACUUGUUGAAUUAUGUAUGGCCGAAUGUUUUCGAAACGAGCCCGCACUUGGUACAGGCAUUCUUCGACUGCGCGGAUGCCAUGCGAGUAUCGCUCGGUCCCGUGCGAAUGCUCCAGUAUGUUCUACAGGGAUUGUUUCAUCCCGCACGAAAAGUCCGCGAAGUUUACUGGAAGAUCUACAACACAUUGUACGUUGGAAGCCAAGACUCACUCGUAGCAGCGUAUCCGAGACUUGCGAACGACGAGAAGAACCAGUUCGUGCGGUACGAGUUGGACUACUUUAUGUAGUCAUUCAAUUUCGAUGGAUGGAUUGAAUGUGUUUUGAAUGCCGCAGUUUCGUAGGAUAUACUUUGACUUACGGAUACAUUCUGUUCGUUUUUCGUUGCUGCCAUCUUGGGUUUUGCGUUGUAUGUUCUUGAUUUUCUUUGCGCACUUGUCAAUUUCAAGUUUCAGGAGGAAAUACAGAAGCGAGCAUGCAGAUUGAUUGUCGAAGA